AUGGAGCUUUAUAAACACGUAAAAAAACAGCACGGAGAUGCCAUACUGCUCUGUCGAGUGGGCGAUUUCUAUGAAGCCUUCUUUGAAGAUGCUGAACUCAUUGCCCGCCUGCUUGAGAUCGCCUUGACAGCGAGAAGCCAUAAAAACCAGAAAAACCCGCCCCCACCGAUGGCAGGUAUCCCUCACCACGCACUCGACUCCUAUCUCUACAAACUCGUCAAAGCCGGACAUAAAGUCGCCAUUUUGGAGCAGACCGAGGAUGCAAAACUCGCACGAGACGAGAAUCGACUCGUCAAGCGCGAUGUCGUCCGAAUCGUUACGCCCGGCACUGUAACCGACCCAAAGGUGCUUGAGCAUAAGGUGAACAAUUACAUCGUCUCGAUUUAUUUCAACAAAGACACUUACGGUGUCGCUGUUGCGGAUCUCUCCACCGGUGAAUUUCUGGUAACCGAACUCACAGAUCCUUCACGUCUCUGGGCGGAGAUACACCGUUUUUCCCCAAAAGAGUGCCUCUUUGCCGACUCCUUCGAGGAUGAGGAGAUGUUUGAGCGUCUCAAAACCGAAUUCAAGGCAACACUUAAUGACCUACCCGACUGGCGAUUUGAAGUGGAUACGGCUCGAACGGAACUCCUCGAACAUUUCCAAACGAUUUCGCUCGACGGAUUCGGAUGUGAACACCUUCCGGCUGCCAUCUCUGCCGCCGGUGCCCUCAUCUAUUACCUGAAUGAGACGCAGAAACAGGAAGUCGAACACAUCAUCUCCCUUCACACCUAUACGCUCUCGGAUUUUAUGGUGCUGGAUGCCGAUACGCAGCGCAACCUUGAACUGACAGCCUCUAUCCGCGACGGCUCGACGAAAGGCACACUCCUCGAAGUCUUGGAUCAAACGGUGACGGCGAUGGGGGGCAGGAAGAUGCGUCAGUGCCUCUUGCAACCGCUGCUUGAUGAAAAAGAGAUUGAGGAACGCCUCGGCGCAGUCGACGAACUCAAAACCCAGAUUAACUUGCAGGAGGAGUUGCGGGAUGCACUCGGACAGAUGUACGAUAUCGAGCGACUCAUUUCCCGUAUCAGCCUCGGUUCUGUGAACGGACGCGACCUACAUGCGCUCAAGGAUUCCCUCCGUCUGAUUCCCGAUGUUAAGGCGCAGCUCCAAAACUGCAGUAGUGUCUUGUUGGUAUCCCUCAAUGAUACUUUAGAUCCGCUUCCAGACUUAAUUGCGUUGAUUGAACACGGCAUCCAUCCGAAUCCACCCGCGACAAUCCGUGAAGGCGGCGUCAUAAAUGACGGUUAUAGCGAGGAACUCGAUGAACUUCGGCAGAUUGUAGGACAGGGAAAGGACUGGAUAGUCGCUAUGCAGGAAGAGGAGCGUAAACGCAGCGGUAUCCAAUCCUUGAAGAUUGGAUUUAACCAGGUCUUCGGUUAUUACAUCGACGUGACGAAUCCGAAUCUGAACAUGGUGCCUGAGCAUUAUAUCCGUAAACAGACGCUUCGGAACUCCGAACGGUUCAUUACCCCUGAACUCAAGGAGCAGGAGGCAAAGGUCCUCAACGCCGAGGAUCGAAUAGGGACACUGGAAUAUGAACUCUUCUGUCAGAUUCGCGAGGAUGUCUCGAAAUAUACGGAAGUUAUUCAAAAAAUCGCAGCAGCACUCGCGAUGACUGAUGUCCUUGCCAAUUUCGCGUAUAUCGCAUCGAAAUAUAACUAUGUGAAGCCUACCGUGGCGGCGGUGGACGAAAUCGUUAUCCGUGAUGGCAGGCACCCCGUUGUCGAGCAACUCUUCACGCAAGAGGGUUUUGUGCCCAACGAUACGAUACUCAACUGCGAUGAUGAGCAAUUACAUAUCAUCACAGGACCGAACAUGAGCGGCAAGAGCACGUAUCUGCGUCAGACGGCACUCAUCGUUUUGAUGGCACAGAUUGGGUGUUUUGUGCCUGCCUCCGCUGCGAAGAUCGGCUUGGUAGACCGGAUUUUCACACGGGUCGGUGCAUCGGACAACCUCGUAAUGGGGCAGAGUACUUUCCUCGUUGAGAUGAACGAGACGGCGAAUAUCCUCAACAAUGCCACCCGCAACAGCCUCGUUAUCUUUGACGAAGUCGGACGCGGCACCAGCACGUUUGAUGGACUCAGCAUCGCAUGGGCGGUUUCGGAGUAUCUCUUAGAUGAAAAGCGGAUGGGCGCGAAAACGCUCUUCGCAACGCAUUAUCACGAGUUGGUGGAACUCGCCAGCAAAUAUAAACGCGCCAAGAACUACAAUGUCGCCGUUCAUGAAGAUGGACAGAAGGUAACCUUUCUCCGAAAAGUUGUUCCCGGUGGCGCAGACCAAAGCUACGGUAUCCACGUCGCACGGCUCGCAGGAUUACCACAAGUUGUGAUCACACGCGCACAGCAGAUACUUGAGGUGCUUGAACAGCACAAUCUCAGCGUUGAAGCGGAUGGGGCGACCGGACAACCGCCGAAAGCACAUCCGACAAUGCCGAAACCGCGUCGCCGCGUCUCCCGAAAAACGCUGCAGAGCGAUUCCCUACAGCUGGCACUCUUUACACCGAAGACGCAUCCACUCGUCGAAGAGAUCCGACGGUUGGAGCUCACGCAGGUAACCCCCUUGGAUGCAGUGAAUAUUCUCUAUGAUUUGAAGGCGAAGGCGGAGGAAUCUGAGGGUUAG